AUGAAUUUGGUCGUCGUGCAUCAAAUAUUUAAAUCACAGAAUCGAUCAUGUAGUGUAUGUCGUGUCAAACAGCGGAGCAUUGUCGCCGGACGCUUCAACAUGCUGCCAAUCACGCUGCUGAAAGCAUCAUGCAACAUGCCAAUGUUGGUUGAACUCAAAAGUGGUGAGACCUACAACGGUUAUCUAAUUGCCUGUGAUGACUGGAUGAAUAUACACCUCAAAGAAGUUAUUUGCACAUCACGCGAUGGUGACAGGUUUUGGAAAAUGCCAGAGUGCUUUAUUCGUGGAAGCAUAAUAAAGUAUUUGCGCAUCCCCGAAGAUGUCAUUGACAAAGUGAAAGAGGAUAUGCAAGCGUCGAGGGUACGAAAUAGAGAGCUCAGCGGACGUGGUGGUGGUGGAAGUCGGAACAAGUUCAGAGGUGGUCGCGGCGGUGGAGGUAGUCGUGGUGGUGGGAAAUUCGGCGGAAAUAGAGGGAAAUAG